UGAUUUCUCCGCUGAUGCAUUGUAAUUUCCUUACAUUAUACAGCGACCAGACACGAUUGUUAUUUAAUGCUAAUAAAGUAGCAUGACAUUUCAAUUCAAAUCUUUGAAUUUUUUUCAAUCCAUACGUGGUUGCAGCGCAAUCUUAUAAAGACAGUUUCAGGCGUUAUAGAAGCUUAGGCUGAUUGAUUGGGGAAAUAUACCUUUAUUAAUUGAAAGGCCUGUAACAUCGAAAUUAAAUGGAUGUGCGGUAAAAGAUACCCACAAAUACUGUAAAAAAACACUGUAACAAUGACUUCUAAGAUCGCAUCUACGACAGAUCACGCUACUGUCAACUUUGAUCCAAACUACAACGUGACUGAAAUCAAAGUAUACAAAAGACGUUUUUGGAUGUUGUUUUUGUUCAGUUUUCUGUCGUUUUUGUGUGGAAUGCUAUAUCCGCAAUAUGUUGUAAUGGCUGAUAUGAAUACUUGCUACUACAAUGUAACACAAAAUGCCGUGAAUUGGACGUCAAUGCUGUAUAUGGUUGUUUACAUAAUUCUUGUUUUCCCCGCUUCUUCAAUCAUAGAUCGAAUCGACUUGAGAUGGACUGUUAUUUGCGGCUCUUUAUUCAACACUUUAAGUGCAGCGUUGCAGAUUUUGACAUUGAAGCAAAAUUCCUUUCCUUUUGUGAUUGUGAGCACUUUUUCCGCUUCACUCACUAAUUUAGCUAUUUUAGGAAUACCUCCCUUCAUAGCAUCAAGAUGGUUUCCAUCCAAUGAAGUGUCACGUGCAUGCGCGAUUGGAGUGUUUGGAAAUCAACUAGGAAUAGGAAUAGGCUUCAUUUUCUCACCUCUCUUAGUCAGUAGUGACUGCAAGAAGAAAGAAGAUAUUGAAGUUGGUAAAGAAACUGUAGCUACUAUCCUUACUGCUAUGAAUACUGUUCUCCUUUUAUUAAUAGUUUUAACUUUUCAGAAUGCGCCAAAACUUCCACCCAGCAUCAAUGAGUGCCAAAAGAAGUCAGAAAAAUCAGUACCUCAAUUGAAAAUAAUUUGGAAGAUGUUAAAAAAUUUGAAUUUUAUUCUGGUUCUUCUUGUAUAUGGUCUAAUGGCUGGAUGCUAUUUCGCAUUUGCAACAACGUUGAAUGAUUUGAUCUUGCGUUACUUUCCCAACAAAAGUAUCGAAGUUGGAUGGAUGGGGCUAGUAUUCAUAUUUACGGGUUUAAUUGGUUCAGUUGUUGCUGGUUGCAUAUUAGAUUACACACACAAAUACAAAGAGACCUACGCAGGAAUAUGCAUCUUGAGUUUGGUGCUGUAUGUUGCAUUUAGCUUACUACUAUUUGUCAAUAUGAUAUGGGUGCAGUUCUUGAUGAUAGGAAUACUUGGAAUAUUUUUUACCAGUUUUCUACCUGUUGGAUUUGAAUAUGGUAUAGAAGUUACAUAUCCUGCUUCAGAGGUUCUGUCAGCAAGUUUAUUAAACGCAUCUACUAUGGGAUUUGGCCUUAUUUUGACAAUGCUUGUAUCAACAGCACUAGAUUCUAAAGGAUCCAUAUGGUUUUAUAUGUGGUACACUUCUGAUCUCCUCUAUUCUAUCAAAUUUCAUAACAAAAGAUUACAGACGAAUGAAAAACAGCAAUGAAAAACCUGAUUCUUGACAGAGCCUUUCUUCAUGUCAAAAGUGGAUACCUCACCAGAAACAUCUAAUUCAAAUUUUCAAUUCCUUUUUUGAAAGUAGCAUUUAGAAACUUGUAAUUUGUUUACGAUGUUUUUAAAGACCGUCAAUUUAUAAUUACAUAAUUCAAAUAAAAAUAAUUUUUUA